UAGGUCGUUGGCACAAGGGUUGUCCACAAACCAGAUAAGCAGAGGGAAGAUGGCAGCCGCUAGAGCUCAACCGGUGUUUUGCCGUGGCGAUCACACGCUUAGCGUGGCUAUGGACCUAUUUGCUACAAAUAGACGCCGAUUAUGUGAGAGAUUACGAGCAAAGGAGGGUAUUCCUAAAGGCGCUAUUGUUUUACUGCAAGGUGGCGAGACAAAACAGAGAUAUUGUUCAGAUACAGAUGAAGUUUUUAGACAGGAGUCUUAUUUCCACUGGACAUUUGGUGUUGCUGAACCAGAUUUCUAUGGUGCCAUAGAUGUAGACAGCGGGGAAUCAAUUCUGUUUGCACCAAAGUUACCCGACUCCUAUGCUGUAUGGAUGGGAAGGUUAAAUCCAGAGAGUCACUUCAAGGAGAAAUACGGAGUGGACACCUGUCAUUGGGUGACCAAUAUGAAAGAUGUCUUGAAUUCCAAGAAACCAUCUGUUCUGCUGCUCUUAAAAGGAGUUAAUUCUGAUAGUGGUCAUACUUGUAGAGCUGCUGCUUUUGAUGGGAUUCAUGAGUUUAAGACAGACUAUGAUGCAUUGCACCCUGAAAUCAUGGAAUGCCGAGUUAUUAAAACUCCGCAAGAGCUUGAAGUGAUGAGAUAUGUCAAUAAAAUCAGUAGUGACGCACACAAGGAGAUUAUGAAGAAAAUAAGACCUGGAGUAGAGGAAUAUCAAAUGGAAAGUUUAUUUCAGCAUUACUGUUACUACAAUGGUGGAUGUCGACAUUGCUCCUACACCUGUAUUGCCGGAAGUGGUGAAAAUGCUGCUAUAUUGCAUUAUGGACAUGCUGGUGCUCCUAAUGAUAAAACCAUCAAGGAUGGAGACAUGUGUUUAUUUGAUAUGGGUGGUGAAUACCAUUGCUUCACCUCUGACAUCACCUGUUCAUUCCCGGUCAAUGGUAAAUUCACUCCAGAUCAGAAAAUCAUCUACGAAGCGGUAUAUAAAUCUAGCAGAGCUGUUAUGAAUGCAGUUAAACCAGGUACGUCCUGGGUUGACAUGCAUAAAUUGUCUGAAAGAGUCAUGUUACAAGAACUCUUGCAGCAUGGACUACUGAAAGGUGACAUCGACGAAUUGAUGGAGAAUCGAAUUGGCACUCUUUUUAUGCCACAUGGAUUGGGGCAUUUUAUGGGUCUGGAUGUCCACGAUGUUGGUGGCUUCCCUGAAGGAGUAGAGAGAAUUGAUCAACCUGGUCUUCGCAGUUUAAGAACGACAAGAAACCUAGAAGAAGGUAUGGUACUUACAAUAGAGCCUGGAUGUUACUUCAUUGCUCCAGUACUGGAAGCUGCAUUGGAAAAUCCCGAACAAUCUAAAUUCUUGUGCCGAGAAGUGAUUGAAAGAUUCAUGAACUUUGGUGGCGUGCGAAUUGAAGAUGAUAUUGUAAUCACAGCAGAUGGCAUGGAGUUACUUACAUGUGUACCACGUACUGUAGAGGAGAUUGAAGCCUUCAUGGCCAAAUCCAGACAGUAAAUCAUGAACCGUACCAAUAUCUAUUUGUUUGUUAUAAAACAGUGAUUUAUUCUGUUCAGAUUUUAAUGCAAUUCAUGGAAAUGUACUUGUGCCUUUCUUUAUUUUGAAUUAAGAUCAUGUGAUUUUAAGAAUAACGAAACAGCAAAUGCUUUGUGAUGAAAAUGAGUGAAAACAUUUAUUUAUCACAAUAAAAGAACUCCCAUGAUGUGAUUAUUAAGGGGGUAUAAGAAA